AGCACCGGAUAACAGACAGCGACUGUGCAUCCUUUGGUGAAAGGAGGGAGGGAGAGGAGAGGGAGGGAGGCAACUGUUUUGUAUCUUGGAAGCCCUGGGUUAGGAGAGGGGGAGGAGGAGGAGGAUGAGCUAUUCCUGUACCAGCAGAGGCAGCAGCCAGGACCCGUCCACCGCUAAGAAGCCUGCCGGCAAUAAUCCGGGCAGAGACACGGGAGGCACGGACAGCAGCAGCACCGGCAGCCCCAAGCACACGGCCGCGAUGAAAGUGAAGAAGGGCUGCAACUCGACCGACGUGGGGGUCCCGGUGACCGCGGAGGAGGACCUGCUCGGCAGCGCGGCGAUCACUCCGGAGGAUGUCCUGGGCUUGCAGAAGAUCACGGAGAAUUACCUGUGCAGCCCGGACGAGAACAUUUACAACAUUGACUUCACCAGGUUCAGGAUCAGGGACAUGGAGACCGCAACGGUGCUGUUUGAAAUCACCAAACCUCCAUCAACAGACAAAGCAGGGGAGAAGAGGGAUGUUGACCCAAACGCCGGGCGAUUUGUCCGUUACCAGUUCACCCCCGCUUUUCUUCGAUUGCGGCAGGUUGGAGCCACCGUUGAGUUCACGGUCGGAGACAUGCCGAUAGAAAACUUCAGGAUGAUCGAGAGACAUUAUUUCAGAGAGAAGUUGCUCAAGAGUUUUGACUUUGAGUUUGGCUUCUGCAUGCCCAGCAGCAAAAACACCUGUGAACACAUCUACGAAUUCCCACCUCUGUCUGAAGACAUCAUCAGAGAGAUGGUCCUGCACCCGUAUGAGACGCAGUCCGACAGCUUCUACUUUGUGGACAAUAAGCUGGUGAUGCACAACAAGGCGGACUACUCGUACAACGGUGGGACGUAGAGACAGCACCCUGACACGAGUGACAGGUGGAUGUACGGACUGACCCGUUGGACGAUCAGAGUACACUGGUGGGAUUAACAUCCUGUCAACCCAGUUGUCUCUCUCUCUCUUUAUCUCUCUUUUUCCUCUAUCUCUUUCUCCAGCUGAGAGAACGCCAUCCAGACAACGGCCACACAGAUAUGUCAGUUGCAAUCUGUUUGUGUGUGUGUGUGUUAGCAUGUAUAAGUCUGGCAAAGCCUAAAAGCUAUAAACACACACACAGUUUACAGCACAGCGUGACGUCGCUGUAACAGAGUGUUUUUUUAACAUGAUAAACCAGCAAGUAAGCGACUUCUUAGGAAAUAUCAGACGGUUUUUCGCUCUCUAACCACGUGAAGUGAAAAAAGUAAAAACUCUGUAUCUUCAAAUAUUGAUAGGUAUUAUUUCUUUUCAUUCCUGUAUGUUAGGGUUUAGGAACAAAUAUCGUAUCUAAACUUGUGUGUUUUUAGGACUUCAGUUCUUCUUCUCAGUUUUUAAGUCGAUGAGCUUUUUGAAGUAUGUGUGUGUGUCUUUGUGUGACUGUCUGUUUGUGUCCGUCAGUGUGAAGCAUGAUUACUGGUCUGGUAAGAAUAUAUUAACUUAAAUAUCAAUAAUGUGGUCAUUUGGUUUCCAAAGGUCAAAUAGAUUUCCGAAACCUGUUAGCACAUCUCCUGCACAUUAAGCAGUAGUUAGUUAAUCAGACCUGUUUCCUUUGUUCCUUAUUUAUUUCUCAAGUUGUGUGACGUGUAUUACCCGUAGGACGUUUGUGUUUAUCGUCUUUGCUCAAAGCACAACAUGUCUACAGAGCCGGCAAAGGAGAAACUUGUAAAGAUGAGCUGAUCUGAUAUGAGCAUAAAUGUACUUUGUCAUCUGUGUACUAGUUAUACUUUUCCAGCCUCAUGUUGCUUUGUUUAUGGGUUAAGAGGUUGUUAAAACGUUUGUUAGGUUGCCUACCCGAGAUUAAGGAUUUUGCUGUUUAGAAACACUUCAUAAGAGAAGAAAAGGAAAAUUUGCAUUUUUAAAUGUUGAUAUUUUCCAUUCAGAUUUGUCUUGCAAAGGAACAAGAUUGGGGGAAUGUAGCCGAAAUCACCCUCAAAUCUCUUAUUUUUGUUUGUUUGUGUGAAAUCCAAUCUCUGUUUCUAAGUCAGUCUGUCUCAUGUCUCUUAAAUCAAUUUGUUGGUUUCUCUUAUCUGCCUCAUACAUUUCUGUUGCUUCCUUUUUUAAAGACACAUUCCAGUAAGUAAGGACCUCAGUGUGUUGAUCUCUUGUUAUUUGAGGGCAUAUAUCACACAGAGAAUCAGCAACUGAACUGUCUUUGGACGUCCUCUAAAUUGUAAUAUGCACAUUUGGCUUUCUCUCUGACUGUGCUGAGACACAACCUGACUCAGACCGUGUUAAAAUAGUUAUCUGUAUAUACUGUCUGAUUUAAACAAUCAAAAGUAAUUUUAGUGUUUUUAGGGAUUCUGCAGUAAAAUCCUGCCGUCUGUUACAGUAAGGGUCUCAAAACAAAAGCUGCAAAUCAUAGAUGAGUUAGGUUUGUAAGGAAGAGAAGCCAGUUUAGAGGAGCUUACUUUAAUGCACCUGUUGUGUGUUUAGAUCAACACAAGAAAAGGGUGGAAAUGGAUUCAGAUUGUCAUUGGGUCAAAGUGAUCAAAAUCUGGGUGACUUUGUUUUUUGAGUCUUCACAAGUUACUGAUUGUGAAUAAAUAAAAAAAAAAAGCUGAGAGCUGAAAUUGGACUCUGUUUGUUAAUCUGAGAUAAAACUGACUUUAAUGUUAAGUCAAAACAUGUAACAGAUAAGUAGGGAAUAUGUAUUUAUGAAUGAAUGUGACUCAUGCAAACUGAUGUUGAGUUCUCGACGAUUCAAAUGUCGGUAUGACUGAACAAAAGUAAAAAAUAAUUAAAGAUUUACAGGACUUUUUUGAAAUAUCAGUGUCUUGACUGCUAAUACUGUGAUUGAAUGAG